UUCACUGCAGAUCGGCCCAAACGUCAAGUUAAUCGGAAACGCGUUAGAAGCUUUUUAAAGUUGCUUCUUCCUUUUUUUUUUUUUUUUUGCUUGUGGAAAUUCUUUUUUUCUCCAUGCUAUAUAUUUCCGGGAUGGCUUUUUUGGAGUAAAGUUAUUUUGACUGAUUAUUUUGGACAGCGUGCUUGAAAGCAAGCGCGAGCAAGCAAGUCGCUCGAGGUGCUGUCAACUCGUGCAAACUACGCACAGCGUUCACGGAGGGACGGGGCUGUCUCUCGCAGGGACACGGGCAGAUAAACCCGAGUCGGGGUGUUGUUCUGCAGCAUGUCGGCUGAAGUGGUGAGCGAGUGUCGGUUGGGAGAGGGCGAGCAAACCGCCGCGGGGAAGUCUGAGACACCGAGCAGCCCGAAAGUCGAGUCUAAGCCUCCGAAACAGGGGGACGGGGUGGACAAAACCAACAAGCAGAGCGACCAAAGUGUCUCGAGCAACAACACCGAAGCCAGCAAGAAGAACCUGCCCGAGGCUCCUCCGCCUAAAGUCAACCCCUGGACGAAGAACAACACGGCGUGUCCUCCCAACAACUCGACAAACAACACACACGACACGACGGAAUCCCAGAACUCGGCCAAAGUGGUACGUGCCAACAAGCCCAGAUCCAGGAAAUCCAGUAAGUCGAGUGAUUUCAGUGACAUCACCAACUGGCCUACUCCUGGAGAAAUAGCCAAUAAAGAGCAGCAGCAGAACGCACUGAACACACAGGGUCAGAAAGUCCCAGCCGGGCGGAGAGAGAGAAGGAGGGAACGCGGAGGAGAGAAGAGGGAGAAGGAGAGCGGGAGUGACGGGAGCGACAGUAAAGAGAACAGGGAGGCACAGCAGGAGACGCAUCUAACCACCGAGCUGGAGAAGGAGGCAGGCAAGGACGGUCAGAGCAGCGUCCCCCGCAGGAGAGGCUUCAGGAGAGAUUUUAACGAUGGGACAUCAAGCGUCCGCAGCGAGGGUAGCAGUGUCCGAGGCGGCCUUCGGGGACGGGGCAAAAGUCACGGCAGGGGCAGAGGUCGCGGCCGAGGACGGUUUGAGUACUCCCACGGCUAUCGGGAAUCCUAUGGCGAUGGUUCCGCCGCUUCUUCGGACUACGGGACCAACAUGAUGUAUUUUUAUGACGACGGGAGCCGGGUUCAGAUGUACACGAUCGAGGAGAGUCUGCUUAAGGAGUACAUUAAGCGCCAGAUCGAGUACUACUUCAGCCUGCACAACCUGGAGAGGGAUUUCUUCCUGAGGAGAAAAAUGGACUCCAAUGGCUUCCUGCCCAUCUCUCUCAUCGCAGGCUUCCGCCGCAUCCAAGCCCUCACCACCAACAUCAACCUCAUCAAGGAGGCAAUGAAAAACAGUGAUGUAGUGGAACUGGUCGAUGAGCAGAUUCGGAGAAAGGAUGACCCGGGGCAAUGGCCGAUCCCAGGGCCUCCUGCCAAUGCGACACAUACAGACUUCAGCCAGCUCAUUCACUGUCCUGAGUUUAUCCCAGGACAAACCUUCACCUCUCUGACUGCAGUCUCGACAUCCCCAGGCGAUAAGACCGCGGUCGAGCCUCCUGCCACCACAAACGGCCAAUUAAACGGCAGCUCAGAUACAGACACCAAACCGCAGUCUGAGGAGUCGGAGUCAUCCCUGCAAAACGACGAGUCGAAAAGUGUAUCCACCGUAUCGGAUGAGAGGAACGCCAAGGGGGUGUCCGGAAACGCGCCUGAUCCGGAGAGCCAGUGGGUUCAGGUGGAAAAACGGCACAGGAACACUCCGGGGAAAAACAAGCCUUCUGAAACACCUCAACAUAACCUUCCUUCUACCCCUCUGUCUGAGCCUUCCCUCAUAACAGAACGCUCACCUCCGGCCCAGAAAAAUCCGGCACCUGAGGCUGACCAGGAAGAACUCGACUUCCUAUUCGAUGAGGAGAUGGAGCAACUGGCCGCCCCUCGCAAAAACACCUUCACCGAUUGGUCGGACGAAGACUCGGACGGCGAGCUGGAUGACAGCGACGUGAACAAGAUCCUGAUCGUCACGCAGACACCGCCGCACCUGCGCAAGCACCCGGGCGGCGACCGCACGGGCAACCACGUCUCCCGCGCCAAAAUCACUGCCGAACUCGCCAAGGCCAUCAAUGACGGCCUUUACUACUACGAGCAGGACCUGUGGACAGGGGACGAGACUCCGAUGGAUGGUACUAACGUCAAGGAGGUGGAGAACUUUAAGAAGCUCAACCUGAUCAGCCAAGAUGAGUUUGAAACUUUGACCCCAAAAUUACCAGUUGAUCCGAACCAGGAAGUGCCACCACCUCCUCCAUGCCAAGAUGAGUCCAGCCUGGCACACUCUCUGCCCACUGACGUCCCAGAAUCCCCCAGUGCUCCCCGGACCCCUCGCACCCCCCGUACCCCGCGCACACCUGGUCGGCAAGACCCGAACAAAACGCCCCGGUUCUACCCUGUCAUGAAGGACAGCGGAAGCAUUGACGGAAAGACUCCCAGGAAGAGGAAAACACGCCACAGCUCCAACCCUCCACUGGAGUGUCAUGUAGGCUGGGUGAUGGACUCUCGUGAACACAGGCCACGCACCAGUUCAAUUAGUAGUUCCAACGCUUCUCCAUCAGAGGGCGCUCCACUGCAGUCGUCCAGUUACGGGUGCACCCCUCAGUCUCUACCCAAAUUCUGGCACCCGUCCCACGAGCUGCUCCAAGAGAACGGCUUCACCCAGCAGGUUUAUCACAAGUAUCGCAGACGGUGUCUCAAUGAGAGGAAACGGUUGGGAGUGGGCCAGUCUCAGGAGAUGAAUACGCUCUUCAGGUUCUGGUCCUUCUUCCUCCGAGACAAUUUUAACCGGAAAAUGUACGAAGAGUUCAAGCAGUAUGCGCUCGAGGACGGCAGAGAAAACUACAGGUACGGACUGGAAUGCCUCUUCCGCUUUUACAGUUACGGUUUGGAGAAGAGGUUCAGACCCGACAUCUUUAAGGACUUUCAGGAGGAAACCUUGCAUGACUACGAGAAAGGUCAGCUCUAUGGACUAGAAAAGUUCUGGGCCUUUCUGAAAUACUCACGGAUUAAAGGCCAAGCUGUUGACCCCAAGCUGCAGGAGCACCUCCGCAAAUUCAAGAGCAUAGACGACUUUAGAGUGGAGCCGCCAAUGGGAGAGGAACAGGGAGGCAGGAGACGAAGACACUCGUCCUCUGGAGGGGACGAGGGCAGACGCAAACGUUACAACUCAUCCUCGUCUUCAUCAUCGAAACAGGCUCCACCCACCAAAGCUUCUAACGUGCCUGCUGCUGCUGAAGGGGACGCCAAGACGGAUUCAACCAAUCGGUCAGCUUCUCCAGCAAACACUAAACCCGUCUCGGCCAGCCACGGGUCAGCAAACAGCAAAUCGACCUCAACCAAUCAACGGCCCGCCGCGGGGCCGGCCAAGUCUGCUUCAACCAAUCAGAAAGCGCCUGCCAAGAGCACCACGGCAAAUGAAGCGGCUUCAGCCACGAAGGAGAACGUGAAGAAGAAUCUUAAAUCCGAAAUGCCUAGCAAAACCAAAGACGGACAUCUGGCAAACUAAAUGAAUCUUGAAAGAGCAAUGUUUUUAAUCUUAAAUGAAAAGGGCUUUUUCAAUGCCAAUAGAAAUUUACGGCCUAGACCGUAAAUCUGUUCUGUGAGUAAAUGAGCCAAACCGUUACAAGUCAAACUUGAGUGUUAAACCAUCAGGGCUUAACUGAUGUCACUACGUAAAAUAUCAAUCCAAAUGUUGUAUUCAUCUUAGCAGAAGCAGUUUUUUUUUUUUUUGGUUGGUUUUAACAGUUAUUGAGUUUUAAACAGGCACACUUGACGGGCUGGUUCAUGCGUGUCAAAAAACUUUCUGCUGUCAAGUUUACGAACGUUGCAUCGAGUGUAUUUUCUGGACAAUGUGUUCCCAUGUUGAAUGUAAAUGUCUUUGUUUUAUCUUCUGGGGUGCCUUACAUUUCAAAGUUUUUACCCUAAUUAUAUCAGGAAAUAUCUCACCAACGUUAUUUUAUUUUAUUGCUGCCAUAACCUUUCUGUGUGUGCCGGAUCGUAAUGACAAGAUCACUGAUCUAUAUGACGAAAAAGUUUAUUUGAGGAAAAAGAAGCAGACUUGAGCAGAUUACACAAAUUAUACUAUUAUAAUCUUUUACACUUGAGACGACAAUAUCAUGACAACAACAUGACACUAUAUAUAGUUUAUUGACGCAUAGUGUUUGGGAUUGACUAUGAAAUGAGUGUUAUGGAGGAGAGAAAAAAAAAAUAUAUAUAAAACAGUGGUAUCAUGCUCAAAUGCCAAGCUUGUGCUUGAUAUAGAUAUAAGAACUUAGGAUCCUCUAAUCUUCUGUUUGGACAGAUUUAACAACUUUAGAUUUUUGACUUAAAUUAGAAAUGUGUCUUUUUACUUGAAGUUUUAUUUUCUAAGUAUUUUUAUUGCUUUAAAAAAAAAGAAAGGAGUUUUUAUUCCAGGAAAAAAAAAAAGUUUUACAUUCUGUUGGAGAAGGGAUUUUUUUUUCUCAUACAUUUUGAGUGAUUUAAUUGAUUUAAUCAUAUUUUUAUUGCUUAUUACAAAUUAUUUGAGUAAUGCAGCUAUAUAAUAGAAAUAUAAACUGUACAUAAAAUUAUGAGGAAUUGCUAUGAUUUGGUUGAUUUAAAUUUUUAUCGAGCUGUAGUAUUGUUUUUGCGUGCGCUGGAGUGUUCGUAUGCAUGUCAGGUUCCUAUAUUUUUCCUUUUUUUUCUUUUUCGCCUAUAAAUUGUAACAUGUAAAAAUGCAUAUAUUACAAAAAAAAAUUAAAAUGUUUAUAAAAACCCAAAAC